UAUGAGGAGUGCAUGAGCGAGGUUUCCGACCCGCAUCGGUCUCUCUUCCUCCGGGUCAUGCGGAACAGCUUGUAUCCCACAAACAGGCAGUUGAGAAGCAGGAGCAAAAGGACGCAGGGAAUGAGCACCAGGAUCAGCAGGGUCAAACUGGACACCGGGAGGCCCUCGGAUUCCAGUCUUCUGCAGAGGUUUUCCGCAAUGGAUUCUGAAACACGGAUGCAGGGGGAUUUGCUUUCACACAAGCAACAAUGCGGAAAACUAAAGGUUACGAGAAGGUCAUGGGGUCUAAGACCACUCAUCGGAUUCUGUAUGGACUUGGAUGACAACACCCAUCUGGUGCUUUUUCGCCUUAAUAUUUGUUACAUGCAGUGGCUCAUAAGCACCUUCAACACUAGACACAUCACACGGUUAUGAUCCCCCACUCUGCUUUUAUCAAAUAAACCUACGCAAAAUGCAGAAAAAUGGCAAAUAUCCUUCUACUGGAAUAGUAUUUACCCUGCAUGUCUGUGAUCAGAUUGGAGGAGCAAAGAUGGGCAUGUGGUCCUAUAUGAUAGCUGUCAAUUGUGUGAUCAUAAUCUGCAUGCUCCUGGUGUUCCAAACCACCGUGGAUGAGAUCUCUUCAGGCACGUGUGCAUGUAAAGACUGUGUCAGAGAGAAGACUAGUGCUUGGUUCAAUGAACUCUAUGAUCUCUCUAUUCAACCACUGCUCAACCAGGAAAAUUACGUGCUCAGUGAAGAUGUCUACGAGUAUUGGACGGGCCUUCAGAAAUAUAAGAACCAAAGCAACUACACAGCAGUGGUGGAGAAGAUGUUUUCUCUCUUCCCAGAUAAAACGCAAUACUUAGAUGCUAGUCCAAAACGCUGCAGGACUUGUGCUGUGGUAGGAAACUCAGGGAACCUUAAAGGAUCCCAUUAUGGACAUCUAAUAGAUCUUCACGACUUUGUCAUUAGGCUUAAUAUGGGCCCAACAAAAGGCUAUGAGAAGGAUGUUGGUUUUAAGACCACUCACCGGAUUAUUUAUCCCGAGAGCGCUGUAGACAUGGACAAAUCAACUUACCUGGUGCUUUCCCCAUUCAAGAUUCUGGAUAUGGAGUGGCUCAUCAGUGCCUUCACCACUAAGAACAUCACAAGAACUUACAAAAAAGUAAGGCCGAGCAUAAGUGCCAACAGACAUAAGGUGAUGAUUCUACAUCCUGCUUUCAUUAAGUAUGUCCACGAGAUAUGGUUACUGAAAAGGGGCAAAUAUCCAUCCACCGGCUUCCUCGCUAUUGUAUUUUCCCUGCACAUCUGUGACCAGGUUUCUACAUUUGGCUUUGGUGCUGACAUAAAUGGAAACUGGUAUCACUACUUUGAGAAAACCUCGAGUAAACUCCGUACCGGCGCUCAUAGUGGCAGCUUUGAGUUUGACACCAUGAUGCAACUGUACUUGGAAAACAAAAUUCGGGUGUUCAGAGGGAAUAAAAAGAGGUGAACAAAUUUGUCGUCUAUAAGACCUUAUGCACCAGAGAAAAGAGGGCGCCGCCAUCUUUAGAAUAUUGUCUUUCCAGGAGGAAUCAGCUUUUGAAGUGGAUUUACUUAAUGUAAAGUUAACGAAAGUUAUCACGAGGAUUGUAAUGUUUAAUGUCUUAACAAAUGACAGUAGACCGGGAAUAUUUUUAAACUGUUCAUUCAUAAAUGGGGAAGAUCACUGUGAAAAUACAGACCGGACGACAAAAGACAAUGAGCGUAGCGCUGAAAAGGGGUGGGGCUACAUAAGUGGCGAAUGCGAUGGCGUAUUGUUGUGUUUAAUGUAGAAAUUUGUUAUUCUAAAAAUUUACAUACAUUUCUUUCAUAGUUUAGACUAUGUACUGUACAGUGAAAUUUACAAAUGUAUAAAUAAAUUUUUUAAAAAUAUAUUCAGAACAUAAAAAAAGAAUUAGGAACGAACUAUAAACAUAUCCUAUAUUGGAUAUGAACAUGGAAUAGUUUAAAUUGUGGAAGCAGCUUCAGGUUGGUAGUCCAAAACAUUGUUGUCUAUCUGUACUUCCGGGAUUCUUCCCACCGGA